UGAGGUGGGCAAAAGAAGGGAAGACUGAAAAAAACAAAACAACAAAUAGAAAUGCGAUAAAAGUAGAGAAGGAGGCGAAAAGGGGCGACACACAACCAAAACGUUAAUGGAAGGAUUAUAAUCCACCGUUGGAGGGAUUUUUUUUGACGCUCCCCAUGCGGAGAUUUGAGCUCGGCUGAACCAUGCAGGGACUGCUGCUACUUCUGAGUUUGGCGUUGAGUUUUCACAGAGUGCGGACAGCGCGGUUUUCUCAGGAGCCUGCAGACCAGUCGGUGGUUUUGGGCCAGAGGGUGGUCCUUUCCUGCGUGGUCUUCAACUAUUCGGGCAUUGUGCAGUGGACCAAGGAUGGACUGGCCUUAGGCAUUGGAGAAGACCUCCGGGCCUGGCCGAGGUAUCGUGUGUUAAGGCUGGUGGAUGUUGGCCAGUAUAAUUUGGAGAUCUCGGCUGCUGAACUGUCAGAUGACUCUCUCUAUGAAUGCCAGGCCACUGAGGCUGCACUGCGCUCCCGACGGGCCAAACUCACCGUCCUUAUUCCUCCCGAUGACCCGAUGAUUGAGGGCUCCCCAGAGAUCCUCCUCACAGCAGGAGUCCCCUAUAACAUGAGCUGCGUGUCCCGUGGAGCCAAACCCGCCUCUGUCAUAGAGUGGCAGAAAGACGGGCUGCCGAUAGAAGGGGCUGUCAGCACCACGGAGGUGCUCGCAGACAGGAAACGUGUGACCACACGAAGCUACCUGCCCAUUCAACCAAUAGAUACAGAUACAGGGAAGAACUUCACCUGUGUGGCUACUAACCUAGCAGUGCCGAUGGGCAAACAUGCCACUAUCACCCUCAACGUACACCACCCACCAGUAGUGACGUUAUCCAUUGAGCCUCGCUCUGUACUGGAAGGAGAAAGAGUGACCUUCACCUGCCAAGCUACUGCCAACCCACCUAUUAUGGGUUACAAGUGGGCAAAGGGAGGUGUGGUCAUACAGGGGGCGAGAGAGAGUGUGUUCGUCACCAAGGCAGAUCACUCUUUCUUCACCGAGCCUGUGUCCUGCCAAGUGUUCAAUGCUGUGGGCAGCACAAACGUCAGUAUUCUAGUUGAUGUCCACUUUGGUCCUAUCCUGGUAGUCGAGCCUAAACCAGUAACGGUAGAUGUAGACUCAGACGUCACUCUAAACUGCAAGUGGGCAGGAAAUCCUCCUCUCACACUAACCUGGACAAAAAAGGGUUCAAGCAUGGUAUUGAGUAAUAAUAACCAGCUCUAUUUGAAGUCAGUAAGUCAGUCAGAUGCUGGUCAGUAUGUUUGUAAGGCUAUCGUGCCCAGGAUCGGAGUGGGCGAAACAGAGGUCACACUCACUGUCAACGGUCCUCCUAUCAUUUCCAGUGAACCGGUUCAGUAUGCUGUUCGAGGAGAGAGAGGGGAAGUCAAGUGUUAUAUUGCCAGCACCCCUCCGCCAGACAAGAUUGUGUGGGCAUGGAAGGAGAAUGUAUGGGAAAAGGAGAAGGGAACCCUAUCAGAACGGUACACGGUAGAACAGAGCAAGCUGACCUCACAGGGUGGAGCAGUGCUGUCCACCCUCACCAUCAACAACGUCAUGGAGUCCGACUUCCAGUCUACAUACAACUGCACUGCAUGGAAUUCAUUCGGACCUGGGACCAUGAUCAUCACACUGGAAGAGAUGGAGAUAGUGCCGGUUGGGAUCAUUGCUGGUGGCACUGUAGGCUGUUCAAUUCUUCUUCUCCUCUGUUUAUUGGCAUUAGUACUCUUCUUGUACAAACAACGCAAAGGAAGUCGUCGAGGGGUCACGCUUGGCAAGCCAGAUAUCAAGGUGGAGACCAUAAACAAAGAGACCCACAGCCUGGAGGAAGACUCGGGCAGUGUCUCCACGGCAACACGCAUGGUUAAGGCCAUGUAUUCUUUUUUGCCUUCUGUGACCCUCUCUCCCUCCUCCCAGCCUUUUAAAGAUGACAUUGACCUCAAACAGGAGCUGCGUAGUGACACACUGGACACACGCCAGGACUAUGAGCUCAAGGAUCCAACAAAUGGCUACUACAACGUGCGAGCUUCCACCCAUGAUGAGGGCCGUCCAGCCUCCCGAUCCAUGCACUACUCAGACUAUCGCACCUCCAGCCAGCCAGGGGGUGCUGCAACAGUCAGCAGCAGCUCAGGUCCGCCUGUAGCUACUGCAGGCCCGGGAACACCAAGCAGCUUGGCUCCAGGGUCACGAGCGGGUUGCUAUGACCCUCGCCCUCCCUCUAGACUCUCACACAACAGCUAUGCCCAAUUCAACACCUUCACCCGUGCUGGGCAGUCCCAGCAACCUCCACCCAGUUCUGGUCCACAGACUAGUGACUUCCCAGCUGACUGCAGCCUCCUGGACUCUACCCCUCAGCUAGGAUACGAAAAUUACGGCUACCCAUCGCACUAUCCGCCAUUUCGGAUGGGGUUUGCUCCGCCAAGCCUUGCCCCAUUAGAAAGUGGGCCAGCGUAUGAGAUGUACGGGGUGGGGCCGAGUGUCGGUGCAGGAGGCAGUGCUGGAACCCCAGAGACUGGACUCGGGAAAUACGGAAGUUCCACAAGGUUCUCCUACACCUCUCAGCAUUCGGAUUACUCCCACCGACACACACAGAGGAUGCAGACACACGUGUAAUGGAGAACCGGAGUGUUUUCUUAACAGGUUGUGCCAAUGUCGGCCAUAUAAGUACACACACUCAUGGUCACACUCACACAUAUACACAGAAUGGAAAUAAUGAUUAAACCAGAGAUAAAAAUGAUGGCUGAAUGAAAAAUGAAACGCUCAGAGUAAACAGAGAGCAAGAAAUAAGAAUGAGAUGCAAGACAGGAGGUGAGGAAAUUCUCUUUCUUCAUCUUUGUGUUUAUUUCCCAGCUCCAGGAGCUGAAAUCGAAGGCCACAAUCAAGUGAGACUUGUGUCAUGGAAAGAUCUAAGAUCUUUAUAAUGCUCAAUAAAUAGUGAAUGCCCAGAAUAAACAUGGUCAAGAAGGUACGGUAAUUCAUGAGAAAUGAAGGAUGUCUAUUGUAGGCUAGUAGUCUGUUUGACAAUGAUCUCUUAGAGAGAUGGUCAUACGAGAUGCAUGUAUGAAUUCUCUUGAAUGGCUUCUUCAGCUGCUCUCAAUGCAUGUGAAUCUCAUGAAAAUAUAACCAGGUCAUAUUUCACACCAAACCAAGAGACCAUUUGCAGUUUUAUUGGUACUGUGGCACCACCUACAAUAGCUGUGGUGGAUUGUAUAAAUAACACACGAAACACACCAUGUGCUAAACUUGUAUCACUUUUUACUUUAAUUUACUUACAAAAACUACUUUAUAAACAUCCCAACAUCACAAGCAAAAACUCGUCAGUCUUUUAAAAAUGUCUGGUAUCGGCUGUCUGAUGGCUAAUAGUUCCACUACCUCUGAAGCAGAUACUAAAAAGGUUCCUGGUUUGGUUAAGGUUUUAGUUCCAUGUGAAACUAGUUCAUAUGGUGGAAAAAUAACGAGAACACAAAAUAGUUCUAGAAACUAGUAAAAGUUCCUGCAAUUAAAAAAUGCCUAUUGUUACUGUUGUUGUAGUGGAUGGCAGGUUCCACAGGACUGAAGUAUCUCUGUCCAAUGGAAAUGGACCUAUUAAAAUGAGGCAUAAUCUGAAUUUUUAAAGCUUAAGUUACUGGGGAAAAACACAAGAUACAUCCAAAGGACAAAACUGUAAUGUCACUGCUGACACUAGAUUAAAAUUAGACAAGCUAUGACCUAUGUGGCAAGUUCUAUACCUUGAUAGCGAUUCAGAUCACUUGAAGUAACUGUUUGCCGGAAGGGACUAUUAUCUGCACUAUGAUGGUCUGUAAAGAAAAGAAGAGAGAGAGAGACAAGAGCAAGUACAGCGGUACGUGUUACUACAUAUGCCAUAAAUUGUUCAGCAAAUGUUACAUUAUUUACUAGAAAUCUUCACAAAUCUGGCAUUUGCUUCAACGAAUAAAUGAACUGACCCUUCGCUAAGACUCGCCUUAAAAGCCUUCUGACCAAUCAUAUUUUAGCAACUGCUGCCGUCCUGCAUUUCUCUGACAAACGUUUGCCUUUUUUCAAUGAGAGUCUACUGGAGUAAUGCUUGUUUGAGUAGUUUUAAGCAGAAUUUUAAUCCAAAUAUUAUCCAUUUCAUUUAUGAGAAUAUUUUGCCAAAAACCACGCUGUUCAUAGCAAUCUCCUAGGCUGCCUCCAAAAACUUAGGCAGCUGAAUUGCUGCCUAAUCAGUUAAAGGAAUGUUCCGGAUUCAAUACAAGUUGAGUUCAAUCGACAGCAUUUGUGGCACAAUAUUGAUUACCACAUAAAUUUAUUUUGGCUCGUCCCUCCGUCAAUCCUUGCAUUUUACCACGUGGCUUGUUGAGCAUGCACUGCAGAGACAUAGCGCAUGUGGAGGCUUCAUGCUAUUCUCCGCGGCAUCCACGCACAACUCACCACGUGCCCCACUGAGAGUGAGAACCACAUUAUAGCGACCACAAGGAGGUUACCCCAUGUGACUCUACCCUCCCUAGCAACCGGGCCAAUUUGGUUGCUUAAGAGACUUGGCUGGAAUCACUCAGCACGCCCUGGAUUCGAACUCACAACUCCAGGGGUGGUAGUCAGCGUCAAUACUCGCUGAGCUACCCAGGCCCCCAACCGACAGCAUUUUCUAAUUAAAAGGAACUCUUAAGGAAACUUCAGCAACAGUUAGAAAAGCACCUUGUUUUUAUCCUACCUCCAAAUACAGCCUCCUAAGGUGUCCAGGUGUUUUAAAAGUGAAGUGAAGAUUCUCAUUACUGUAACAAAAUAUAUUUUUGUUGUAUUUCAGUAUAAAAUACUGUAAUGAUAUUUAUUAACAUCGACCUAAAGGCAGCACAACUAAGGCCAUGUCCACACUAUUACGUUUUCGUUUGAGUACGCAUCUUUUUCUCUAUUUUGGCCUUCCGUCCACACCGAGAUGGCGUUUUUGACUGCAAAAUCAGAGCUUUUCAAAAAACGCUCUCUCAAGUCGAUAAAUUUAAAAACGGCAUCUUCAUGUUGUAGUGUGGAUGGGGAAGACGCCGGAGAUAACUGAAAACGAAGAUGUAUUUGUUGUCAUGUGAUCCAUGACGCUGUCAUGUGAUCCAUUCAACCUAAAACAAUAAAGAUGGCGACCCACAUUGUAGCGCCAUUAUUGGCCUGUUAUUAAGUUGUUGUUGAAGAUAAGUGUUACUUUGUACAACCUUCACAAUGCAUUCCUUCAAUUGGUGAUGCAAAGUUUACUCGGAAUUGCUGUCUGGUGACAAAACACGAGGACAAUUGCAUUUCAGCUCGUACAUGGAAUGGCAAUUUUUCACAUGCUCAGUAAGGGGAUUUAAGCAUUUUGUACGUUUUAGUUUGGACGAGCAACUUGUGGCAAAUGUUUUCGAAACGCUCUACAUCCAGACUGCUGUUUUCAAAUGGAUCCGGAUUAAUGUUAACGUAGCCUAAUACUACCAUGAUAUAUAAAUACUUGUACAUUUUAAAUAACAUUUUACAUUACAGUAAUGAGAAUGAUUUUUUUUUUUUUUUUACUUUUUUUAUGUGGCAUUACAGCAAUUACAAUAGAUAGAAGAUCUUAAAUAUCAUGAUGUCACAAAGCAAAAAAAAUAUAUAAAAAUAAAAAAUCGCAAUGUAAUGUGUUAUUUCUUCUUUUGUUUUCGGGGUGAAAUAUGACCUGGAUACUAAUACUAAUGUAUUAUAUACUAAUGAUCACAACGUCCUAAAAUAUUUGAGUUUUUAUUAUUUAUUCUGAAGUAAAGUUCUGAGUGUGACACAGGAAAUUAAGAGCACAUGAGCUGUGGAAGUUUUCUGAGAAUUUUUUUUUCUUUGCUUUGCCUGUAAAUCAGAAUCCACCUGGCUAUCCAGUUUGCAGAGCUACCUCGUUAAACAGGUUACUAGCCUUCCAGUGUAAAGGCUAACUCACAGUAUGAUAAUCCAUUAGCAGAAAAGCUGUUUCUGUGUAGUAAUGAUGUGUGGUGAAUCCAACCCAAUUUUAAAAAAGGCACUUUUGAGCAUUUGCAAUAAAACCCAUUGCCCUUUAAAUUUCACCAUGACAGAGAUUAGUUAAUGGAUGCCAUUCAACAGUUUUCAGACAUGGCAAGUAAAAACCAUUUAGUUCACUAUCAUACAAUUAGCUCAGAACAGUUAAAUUUAUAUAAAUAUAAAUAUACAUAUACAAAAAUGCCCCACACUUUUCCAUGAUGCUUUUGUAGUGGGGUCAUUGUUUGCACUGCAUUCCAUUAUUCUAGCUUGGAUUACCCUCAUAAUCGAUAUGUAAUCUCUCAUUUGCACACUAGGCUAGAGCAUUCUCUCAAUAUUUUGAAUAUUACAGAGAAAAAAUAUUUCUUCUUGUCAUUUCUCUUUGUUUCUGUAAGUGAUUAUGGACCAAAGGUUCAAUGUUAGAGUAUCAGUCUUUAUUUAGGUGAUAUUCACCUCAACGAACAAGAAAAUAUGCAGAUUUGUUUGUUUAUUGUUGUUUGCAAAUUUAUCCGGUCGUGAGUGACCAAAAGGUUUUUUGAAGGUUGGGAACAGCAGAGAAGGUCUUAAACUGCAUGGUCCAGCCUUAGGUAUCCAGACUUUCCCUUACUGAUCGAAGAUCAGGCUGCUAUCACUUUCAUCUUAAAGAUUAUAGAUGGGAGUGAUUUACAUCGUCUUGUUCCCCAAUGCUAGCGUAAAUAUGACUUUGAUAUGAAGUUUAUAAAUGCUUGAUAGGUUGGAGGUUCUUUAACUCACUUAUUCACACAAACACACACCUGAUAUUUGUGCCAAACACAGAUGCCUAACUUGAAGUAUUUCCCCCAAUUAAGAAAAAACUACCUUAUGGGGACCAGAAAUGGUCUUUGUAUGUGAACUGUCUUCAACAGAUUUUGAAGGAUGCCAUUUCAAAGCAAUGAUGAUCAUCAACAUGAUGAUUAGGAAAAAGAACUUGAGGGUGAAGACAAUCCUCAUUAGUUGUUCUCAGAACAGUGAGGUACUCUCUAUGACAAGUUUUCAACAACGAGCCCUGUAAAUACUUUCCCAUAUGUAAUUCCAACUUAAAGUAUUAUUUUACAUCAUCCAGUUUGAUGCACUCUUUAAAUGCAGUAUUGCUAUGUUUUCAAUCACGUGAAGAAGGAUGACAAACACCAUGGCGAUGGUACUUUCCGAAUGGGUAAAGUACGACAAGGAUGAUGAGUUGAGUGUAGCUUGGCUGGGAUUCAGUAUGAUGCCAAGAGCAUUCAGAAGGAUUCCAAAUACAUCUUGACACCUGCCCGAGCUGCCAAUCACUCAGCCUUGAUACUGAUGGUUUAUUACUUGUGUGAUGACCUGGGGAGAAUAUUGUGGGAGAUGUGGCUCAACCCACUGGACGGUAAUUGUAUUCCCCCUCCCCACCCCCAUCUAAGAACUUGAAGCUCCAUAAAGACGAGAAGAAGGAACUAUGAAGGAGUAAAUACAAUUUUAAAAAGAGUGGCCUUAGGAAACACGACUUUUAUAUUCCCUUACUUUAUAAACCGGCUAAAGGCCAGAGGAGUGUAUGUUGAGUUUCAAUGAAAGAUACAUGUGUUUUUGUGUGUGCGAUUGAGCAUGUAUGGGUGUGAGUGCAAAUGAUUGAGUUUAUGAAAACCUUUAUGUAAUUCGUUCAUUUACUUCUCUCACGUUCCUGCUCCAAUACUUUUCUUCUGCUGGUAGGAGUGUAUCCUGUAUAAUUGUGUCUUAGAAAAUAAAUGUUGAGCUUACUGUACUGUUCUUGGUAGCUGAAAAAAUGUUUGAAAGAUUUUUUUAUUUCCUUUUUGAUUUUUUCCAAUAUUUUUUUAAAAUGUUACGUAAUUAUUUUUUCACAGUAUAUCAGAAAUAAAAGCACUGUUUUUC